AACGAUGUCAUCUUACUCAGUCUGCCGCCAAAAACAACGCACAUUCUCCAACCUUUAGACGUGGCUGUGUACAGAAAAAUGAAGAUAGAAACGGCAAAAGUCAUGUCACAGGCGAAGCUUGUGAAGUCUGAUCUUUGGGUUUCGAAGAAAGCUGUAAGUGGUGUUUUCAAGAUUAUCUUUGAAAAAACGUUCACAAUGAGCGCGAUUAUCGAAGGUUUUCGCAAAUGCGGGAUUCAUUCUUACAACCCGAAUGCGAUUGACAAGAAUCUUCUUCUUCGUUCAUGUGAUGAUGUCAGCGCAGAAAACAUUGAUUUGACUCAGACAUGUUUUAGUCAGAUAGAUGAUGCAUGCGGGUCUGAAUCGUCAAACAAUGUAGAUAUUUCGGCAAAUACGUCAGCAUUGAAUCUAUCGAAUGAAUCUUUGCCGGCAUUAUCCUCUUCAGAAGUGUUCGGGGAGCUGAAUUUCCUUGUAGGGGACGACGGGAUACUGACGUUAGAUACAACGCAGACAACGAACACUGAAAAUCAAGUCGCAAGUUACGAGUCGGAUAACGAUAACUGCACGGCAGUGUUAGCUCUGAAAGCGGUAGAAAGUUCGUUGACACCGAGGAAGAAGCGUAAAUAUGAAGAGUGUCUGAACUUCGAAAUUGAUUUAGACCGCGAUAACGUCUUCCAAAAGUGGAAAGCCCUGAAAUUAGACAUGGCCUCACACUGUAAACAGGUGCCGUCAACUUCAUCUGUUAGCUUGCCAUUAGAAUCUGUGCCUGAAACGGACACAAACCCUCCUGCUCAUGCAAAUAAAGAUAACAAUGCUAUGCAACACCCUUUAGUGAAAGCGGGUCUCAUAUCACCGGAACUUGUAGAUAUUUUGAUCGUUCCAUCGACUGGAAAACAAGAAAAAAAGAAAACUCAAAAGGCAAAAGUUCUUACAAGUGAAGAAGUUUUGAAGGAACUUGAAGAAAAAGAAAGAAUGAAGAAAAUGCAGGAAGAAGAGAAACAAAAACGAGCUUCUGAUCGAGAACGUAAAAAAUGGAACGAAUCAUACAACAAGCACAAAAGAAAGAAGAAAUGAAAAAGAAGAAAGAAGAGAGAGAACGACGCAAGGAAGAAAAAGAAAAUGCAAAGAAGGAAAAACAGAAACGUAACAAUGAUCACACGCCAAAUGAAACGGAGCACAGUGGGUUAGUCAAUCAUAUUUAAGAGUUUCGCAUGCGCACGGGACUAUCUGGCGUGUACAUAAAAGUGAUGGAGUUGCCCAUAAAAAGCAACAAUUGACAUGCAAAAUGCGUUUGUUACGUUAGUCGUUUGUAACGUAAGCCGUUAAAAGCUGUUCUUGUUUUGUUUAAACUUGUUAAUUUUUUAAGUAACAAGCACUGUAUAAACCGAAAGUUUAUUUGCUUUGUUUUGCAACAAAAUACGUCAAUAAAAUUCUUUUGUUUCUGUUAA